GAAGACAUCCACGCAAUAAAAAGUUUCUCCCAUCAACACAUCCUUAUCGAAAAAUUAAACCAAUCCAAAUCAGGAGAGUUAGAAUGGACGGAAGGCUUAUUGAGGCUUCUCAAAGCGGAAAUGUCCAACUUUUGCAUCAGUUGCUGGCUGAGAAUCCAGUCAUACUCCAUAAUAUUGCGCUGGCUUCAGACGAGAACCCUUUACACAUUGCUUGCUUGGCUGGCCAUGUUGAGUUUGUUAAGGAAAUUCUAAGGCUGAAGCCAGGUUUUGCUAAAGAUAUCAACCAGGAUCGGUUUAGCCCCAUGCAUAUUGCGUCUGCCAACGGGUACCUAGAGAUUGUGAAAGAGCUGCUUCAGAUUGAUCCGAGACUCUCCCAACUUAAAGGAAAAGACCAAUGGACAGCUCUUCACUAUGCAGCUAGCAAAGGGAGGAUAGACAUUAUCAAAGAAAUGGUUUCAGCUUGUUCGGAAUGUAUCGAAGAUGUGACCGAGCAAGGGGAGACUGCUUUUCACCUUGCUGUUAAGAACAACCAGUUUGAAGCUCUUGAAGCUAUAGUGGCAUUGAUCCGUGAAAGGAACAAACUUGACAUCCUCAACAUGAAAGAUAAUAAUGGCAACUCGGUUCUUCACCUAGCAACCUGGAAGAAGCAACAUCAGGUGGUGCAAUGUUUACUUGCCAUUAACGGAACUAGUUCUCCGGCCACAUUGGACGUAAACAAUGUGAACCAGAGUGGUCUAACAGCUCUUGAUCUGCUACUAAUCUUCCCAAGUGGAGCUGGUGACCUGGAGAUCGACGGCAUCCUUCGUAGUGCAGGAGCUUUGAGAGCACGAGACAUAGUCCACACCAAUCACAACCAUACCGUAUUAAGUGUCACGACAGUAUCAGAAAGCCACGAUCGUUUGCAUUUGGACCCCAAAAAUUUGGUCGAGUACUUCAAGUUCAGGAGGGGCAGAGACUCUCCUGACGAUGCACGAACUGCCCUGUUAGUCGUGGCGGUACUGGUGGCCACUGCAACCUAUGAAGCAGCAAUAAACCCUCCAGGUGGUCUUUGGCAGGACACAAACUUGAGCAAGAAUGGCACUGAACCACCACACCUUGUAGGGACUGCAAAUAUUGCCUCAUAUAACACAGCUUACUAUGUCGUUGGAGCAGUUUUCAACUCCAUAGGGUUUUCUGUUUCUCUUCAAAUGAUCAAUAUCCUCACAACCAAUUUCCCAUUGCGAUUGGAGCUUCAAGUGUGUGGUGUUGCAAUGUACUUUACGUACGUGACUGCAUUGAUUACUAUAUCUCCUGGCUUGACCUCAGGGUGGUACACAUUUUUUGUGCUAGUGCCAUUUCUGCCUGUUGUGUUACUACCUGCCGUCAGGCUUAUCAUCAGGCUUACAGAACCUCUGCAAAAUCGGCUGCGGACCUUGGGAUUACUGUCCUAA